CGUCAUUAUUCUCAGUUUGGAACGCGUCCUAGUAAGCAUCUCCAAGCCGAGCCGAGCCCAGCUGUUUUAAACAAGAAAAAUUUCUUCCUUCGAUUUGUGCUAAUUACUUCGGUGCGCUAAACUUCAUUAUUCAAAAUGCGUGAAUGUAUCUCCGUACAUGUUGGCCAGGCUGGUGUCCAGAUUGGUAAUGCCUGCUGGGAACUGUACUGUCUGGAGCAUGGAAUCCAACCGGACGGUCAGAUGCCCUCGGACAAGACCAUCGGAGGUGGUGACGAUUCGUUCAAUACCUUCUUCAGCGAAACCGGUGCCGGAAAGCAUGUCCCACGUGCCGUCUUCGUUGAUCUGGAACCGACCGUCGUAGAUGAGGUCCGUACUGGAACCUACCGUCAGUUGUUCCACCCGGAACAGUUGAUCACCGGCAAGGAAGACGCUGCUAACAACUACGCCCGUGGUCACUACACCAUCGGAAAGGAAAUCGUCGAUGUCGUUCUGGAUCGCAUCCGUAAGCUGGCUGAUCAGUGCACUGGUCUACAAGGUUUCCUGAUCUUCCACUCGUUCGGUGGAGGUACCGGAUCCGGUUUCACUUCCCUACUGAUGGAACGCCUGUCGGUUGACUAUGGCAAGAAGUCCAAGCUGGAAUUCGCCAUCUACCCAGCUCCUCAGGUUUCGACCGCCGUUGUCGAGCCAUACAACUCCAUUCUGACGACCCAUACCACCCUGGAACAUUCCGAUUGCGCAUUUAUGGUUGAUAACGAGGCUAUAUAUGACAUCUGCCGUCGUAACCUGGACAUUGAACGCCCAACCUACACCAACCUGAACCGUUUGAUUGGCCAAAUCGUUUCUUCGAUCACUGCUUCGCUGCGAUUCGAUGGUGCCCUGAACGUUGAUCUUACUGAAUUCCAGACCAACUUGGUCCCAUACCCACGUAUCCAUUUCCCACUGGUUACUUACGCUCCGGUCAUCUCGGCCGAGAAGGCUUACCACGAGCAGCUGUCCGUGGCUGAAAUUACCAAUGCUUGUUUCGAGCCAGCCAACCAGAUGGUCAAGUGCGACCCACGUCACGGCAAAUACAUGGCCUGUUGCAUGUUGUACCGUGGUGAUGUUGUCCCGAAGGAUGUCAACGCCGCCAUCGCUACUAUCAAGACCAAGCGUACGAUCCAGUUCGUCGAUUGGUGUCCUACUGGAUUCAAGGUCGGUAUCAACUACCAGCCACCAACCGUCGUCCCAGGUGGUGACCUCGCCAAGGUCCAGCGUGCCGUGUGCAUGUUGUCAAACACGACCGCCAUUGCCGAGGCUUGGGCUCGUCUGGAUCACAAGUUCGAUCUUAUGUACGCCAAGCGCGCCUUCGUCCACUGGUACGUCGGUGAGGGUAUGGAGGAAGGUGAAUUCUCCGAAGCUCGUGAGGAUUUGGCCGCCCUGGAGAAGGACUACGAGGAAGUCGGCAUGGACUCCGGCGAAGGUGAGGGUGAGGGUGCUGAGGAAUACUAAAUUCACUAGCACUUCACUGCCCCACCAAGUGAAACGCCCGCUUCGAAGCAGAAACGUUUGAUAUUCAAACCCUGAAGCGUGGCUCGAAGAAAAAAGGAAAUAAUUGAAUAAAUUGUUCUCGAAUUGAA